AAAAAAAAAAAAAAGCGGAAGAAGAAGAACAACAACAUAAGUCAGAUAAACACGUGGUUCCAGUAGCCCAAACGUUGUUAUAUUCUGUUUGUUUGUUGGUCAGUUAUGCAGCUUUGUGUCGUUUGUAGCGAGCAUGUUCCUAAAUACAGAUGUCCAACAUGCAGAAUCAGAUAUUGUUCAGUGGGUUGCUUUAAAAGACACAAAGAUGAUGAUUCAUGUCAUCCAGUAAAAGAAUCAGAUCCAGCCUCCAGCAGCUCAACACCAGUCAACAGCGCUGAAGAGCCGUGGACUGUAGAGGAUCUCCUUGAUGAGGACAGUCAGACUGAUAAAGUGCCACUGCAGAGACUCCAGCAGCUGGGUGGUUCAGAGGCGCUGAAGGGGCUGUUGAGGAAUCCUCAUCUCCGGCGGUUAAUGAUGUCUGUGGACUCGGCUGAAGAUAAAGCCAAAGCAAUGAAAGACGCCAUGCAGGAGCCGCUGUUCGUGGAGUUUGCUGAUCAGUGCUUAAAAAUUAUUGAACCCACAGAAACCGAGAAAGACGAUGAUGAAUUCUGAUCCGAUGGAACUGUCACAUAUUGAAUGAUUGCUAACGCAAAUGCAUCAAACUUUUACAAAAAUGUUGAGGUAAUAAUGUAAAAUUUCUAUUACAUCAAUGUUUUUUGAAUGCAAAUAAUGUAAUGCAAUGCAAAAAUUAAAAUGAGCUGUUUUUCACCCUCAAACCAAUCCAAGAUGUAGAUGAGUUUGUUUCUUCAUCAGAUUUGGAGAAAUGUAGCAUUGCAUCAGUGUCUCAUCAAUGGAUGCUCUGCAGUGAAUGGGUGCCGUCAGAAUGAGAGUCCAAACAGCUGAUAAAAACAUCACAAUAAUCCACAGCACUCCAGUCCAUCAGUUAAUGUCUUUGGAAACUGUGUGUUUAGAAGAAAUAAAUAUUGCUUCCUCCAGUAAAAAGUCUGAAUCAGGAGAGAAAUCUGCAUAGAACAAGCGCUGGUUACAAGCCGAAACCGCUCUAAACAAAUAUGUGCAUUGAUUUUGAUGUGAGAGACAACAAAUUGACUUUUCCACAGAAGGAAGCAUCAUUAUGGAUUAUGGACUCACAUUUUAGCCAGAAGUGGUGGUUUGAAGUUAAAACGUCUUAAUGCUGGAUUUGUUUCAGCUCCGCUCUUCUCCAGACAUUUAUUGAUGGACUGGAUUGCUGUGGAUUAUUGUGGUGUUUUUAUCAGCUGUUUGGACUCUCAUUCUGACGGCACCCAUUCACUGCAGAGCAUCCAUUGAUGAGACACUGAUGCAAUGCUACAUUUCUCCAAAUCUGGAGAAGAAACAGACUCAUCUACAUCAUGGAUGACCUGAGGGUGAGUAUAUUUUCAUUUUUGGUUGAAGUAUUGUUUAAAGAGUUAAUCUUCAGAGUAACGUCAGAAUUCACACAACGGUUUGCUUUUCACAGGUUUAAGAGAUGCUGAGAAACUGUAGAUAAAAUGUAUAUUUAUAUCUAAAAAAUGAAUUUUACAAUAAAAUUGCUCUCAAGCUUUCUAGCA